AUUUAUUGUAAUUCCAACGAAAGGAAAACAAAUUCUUAUCAAUAAAUUUAAGUAGCAUUAAUCAUAGCUCCGAUUAGGUAUGGUAUAAUGAUGUGAUACAGACACGUGGAUACUGUUCCAACUCCAAAAUGAGCAACGGCGACGACAGCCAAAAUAACCAGAAUCAGGGCGCCGAUGGGGGGGAGCGGUCCGCGGAUUCAACAAAGGAAAAACGAAGUUGGUUUCAUUCCCUGACCAGGCGCAAAAAGUCAGACUCUGCCCUGGUCGCUUCGCCCACUUCCAGUGACGCUGUGGCCCAGUCAUCUUCUCAGAUGCAGAAUAACAACAACGAGGCCUGUGUCCCAAAUGCAGGGGAUGCUUCCAUGGUCAUUGGCAGCGCCAGCAGCAGCAGUCACAGCAACGGGGGAACAACUCUGCGCAAACGGAAGGACAAACGGAAUGUGUUCUCACGUCUACGCAGGAAGAUGGGGCAGGGCUUGAGCUCCCUGCGUAACUGGAACUCCAUGGGCGACUCCGACUGUGACGGAGGCACUACUGACGCGACCUACGAGUUCCUCACACCGUCCAUUUGCGUUGAGCCCACGUUGCCAUUCACACACGAUUACUUACGUUUCAUCCAGAAGAAGUGGCUGGAUCGACAGGACACGCCAAACGAGGUCAUGUACAAGGCCUGUUCAGAGAUGCUCAAUCAAGUUUGGUACUGGGGCGAGAUUUCCAGGCGAGAUGCGCAGCGCCAGCUCAGCGACAAGCCGACCGGAUCGUUUCUCGUGCGCGACUCGGAGACCAGCGGAUCCCAGUUCACACUCAGCUUUCGUAUUGUGAAUGUAACGCUGCACUACCGUCUCGAGUACAAGGAUGAGUUCUGGAACUUUGAGGAGCUCAAGUACGAGUCGAUUGUGGAGAUGAUCGAGGACAUUUUGCAUCGUUGCACCAACGAUAACUUUGUGUGCUUCGUGAAGGUGCCCAAUGAAAUGCAGCCGCCCUUUCCGGUGAUCUUAAAGUACCCCCUCAGUCGAUACUUGAACAUGCCCAAGCUGCAAGACCUUUGUCGGCGUGUCCUCCAGCGGCAAAUGAGCUCCGAACAUCUGGCCAAGCUGCCAGUGCCAGUGAAAAUGCGGGAAUACUUGUCCGUUGAGCGCGAGCUGGUCUUUCAAAGCUAAGUACAGAUGUCUGCAGAACAGCUGCUGGUUAUAGCUUUAAAAACGGAAGGUAAACAAAGGCAAACAAGUAAACCAAAGAGGGUGACAGACAGUUAAUGAUAUUUAUUGGGAUUGUGUUGCUUGAACAGAAUUCAAAGCAAGGCAAAUGCAAAUGUAAAUGCAGAUUCAAUGUUGGCCAUAUGUAUGUUUUUUGAUGCAUUUCUCUUCGCUCCAAAGUUACUAAGCGCACCGAACUCUUUACGCGUACGUACGUGCACAAAACGUUUAUGUUGUGUUUGCUUUUACUGUAUUUGAUAUAAUGAUAGGUAAACUUCCCCCCCUCCCAGUCGUAUCUAGGAUACGAACAACCUAUGUAUAUGUUAUUGGCAAAAAUAACUCACUCGAUUGAUUCGUUUUCCCCAAGAGUGUCUUGGGUCCAAUCUGUACUAUUCUGUACGCAAACAGCUACCUUAUAUUUGUAAAUUCAAGCCACUACACGUGAAGUGAAUGUAUUAACGUUAGCCUUAAGUCAGACUCAGAUAAUGAUGUAUUAUUGUACGUACAAGUAUUCGCAUUUUUAUUGAUUCCUAGCGUCGACACAAACAAAUCUUUUUGCUAAUCUAGAUAUGGUUGCACCGAACAGAAUUUAGGCAGCUUGACGUAAACUGAAUCUAAUCUGUUUAACGCCAAUUACAAUUACUCUUGUUACAAUGUGUAUGUAUUUUAUUUAAAACUAUAAGAAUAUAUCAAAUAACACUCAUUGAAUGUAUUGCUGUCUACCGAGUUCGCAAAUAAAAACCAAACCAAAAAUACA